GUCUGCCCGCCGCUGGUUUGCCAUGGAGCGCCUGGAAAUCCACACCAACGACUCUGCCACCCACUUCAACGCUUCCCAGGUCACAGGGCCCAGCCUCUACUCUUUCCAUUGUGGCUAUGUCAGCAGUCUCCGGAAGUAUGGCAGCCUCCUGGUGGCGGCCAAGGAGCCCUCCCUCUGGCAGGUGACUCUGAAGGACUUCCAGAUCCAGGCUUUUAAUGUGACAGGCCAACGGUUCUCCUAUGCCAGCGACUGUGCCGGCUUCUUCUCCCCGGCGAUCUGGAUGGGGCUGCUCACCUCUCUCAUCAUGGUGCUCAUCUUUACCUACGGCCUGCACAUGAUACUCAGCCUCAAGACCAUGGAUCGCUUUGAUGACCAUAAAGGCCUGGCUAUCUCUUUGACCCAAAUUGUAUGAGCUGUGGCACUGGGGGGUUGUGGUGUCCAGACUGUCAUUGUCACACCUU